GCUGUUUUUGAGUGAGUGUGUCGACAAGAGCGAGUGACUGACGACAGAUCAAAUGAUGUCUCAAGAAUCAAGUCUGCAUCACAGGAUGUUGAUAGCCGCACUGAUUGUUUUUACCCAAGACCUGAGCCGCGGAGGAGGAGCGCAGGCAUGGACCUACAGCUACAGCACCACCCCAAACCGGAGAUGGCAUGAGGCCCGCCAGUGGUGCCACCAGCACUUGUCAAACAUGGUAACCAUCCAGACCCCGGAGGAGACUGACUUCAUCAACAACCUGCUGCCAUUUAACCAGAAAUAUUACUGGACAGGCAUUCGCAAAGUGGAUGGAGUGUGGACCAGGGAAGGAAACAAUAAGACUGUACCAGAGGAUGCUCAGAACUGGGCGCCAGAGGAGCCAGAUAAAAUUGCGGGUCAGGACUGUGUGGAGAUUUACAUUAAGAGGAAUAAAGACACAGCCAAGUGGAACAAUGAAAAAUGCCAAAGUAAGAAGGGAACUAUCUGCUACUCAGCCUCUUGUACACAGGAUUCCUGCAGUGCCCAUGCAGACUGUGUGGAGACCGUGGGGAACUAUACUUGCCAGUGUCAUCCUGGUUUCCAUGGGCCACGCUGUGAGGAGGCAAGCGCAUGCAAACCCUUGCUGGAACCACAACACGGUUCUCACCACUGUUUUCAUCCCUAUGGGUCCAAUCGUUUCAACUCUUCCUGCCGUUUUCACUGUGAACUUGGCUUUCGCUUGUUGGGCUCGCCCCAACUGUUGUGCCAAACCAGUGGGCAUUGGAACAACCCAGUUCCUCUGUGUCAAGUUGAACAGUGCCCAGUUCUGAACCACACUAACAUCAGUGGAGGUGGUAUGAACUGCAGCCACCCCAUCGCUCCUUACAGCUACAACUCCAGCUGUGAGGUCAGGUGUGAUGAAGGCUAUGAGCUCAGUGGAGGGAGCCAGAUGCGUUGUGAACACACUGGGCGGUGGACUGCCAGUGUCCCAGCAUGUACAAUAAAAAAGUGCUCCCCCAUUUUCUUUCCUGUCACGGGCAACAUGACGUGUGUGGACACUCUGGAGCCUUUCUCCUUUGGCUCACAGUGUAACUUCAACUGCCAGGAAGGCUACAACCUGACCGGAGACAGCUUGCUCACCUGUCUGGCUUCAGGACAAUGGAGCAAAGCUACACCUACAUGCACGGUGGUACAGUGCAACAGUCUGGAGGCUCCACCCCAUGCCUCCGUCGAAUGCCAAGACCCUUUAGAAGUGUACAGCUAUGGCUCAAUAUGCACCGUGCAAUGUGAAGAAGGAUUUGAUCUGAUUGGCGCAAACAUGACACAAUGUUCUUCACAGGGCAGCUGGAGUCACACACUUCCUGUCUGCCAGGCUAAGAAGUGCAAUCCCAUAAAUCCCCCCCCCCAUGGCUCCCUUUCCUGUUCUGACCCACAUGGUUCCUUCAGUUUUGGUUCACAUUGUAUGACAACAUGUGAUGAGGGUUUUCUCCUGAAUGGGACAGCCAACGCUGAGUGCACCUCUCUGGGCAUGUGGAGCGCCGACAUCGCACACUGCUCGGCUAAAAGAUGUCCAGCUCUGAACUCCACUACCUAUGGCUCCUUAUUUUGCUUUGAUCCACAUGGAGAGUUCAGUUUUGGUUCUCAGUGUACGUCAGCUUGUGAGGAGGGUUUUCUCCUGAAUGGGACGGCCGACACAGUGUGCACCUCUCUGGGCACGUGGAGUGCAGACAUCCCACAUUGCUUGGCUAAGAGAUGCCCCUCUCUGAACUCUCCCCCCCAUGGCUCCUUUUCCUGCUAUGAUCCUCAUGGAGAGUUCAGCUUUGGUUCUCGGUGCACAUCAACCUGUGAGGAGGGUUUUGUCCUGAAUGGGACAGCUAACACAGAUUGCACAUCUGUGGGCAAGUGGAGCAGAGACGUCCCACGUUGCCUGGCGAAAAGAUGUCCCACUCUGAACUCUCCCCCUCAUGGCUCUUCAUCCUGCUCUGAUCCUCAUGGAGAGUUCAGUUUCGGUUCUCGGUGCACAUCAGCCUGUGAGGAGGGUUUUGUCCUGAGUGGGACGGCUGACACGGAGUGCACCUCUGUGGGCACGUGGAGCACAGAGACCCCACAUUGCUUGGCUAAGAAAUGUCCUUCUCUAAACUCUCCCCCUCAUGGCUCUUCAUCCUGCUCUGAUCCUCAUGGAGAGUUCAGGUUCGGUUCUCGGUGCACGUCAGCCUGUGAGGAGGGUUUUGUCCUGAAUGGUACAGCUGACACGGAGUGCACCUCUGUGGGCACGUGGAGCACGGAGACCCCACGUUGCUUGGCUAAGAAAUGUCCCACUCUCAACCCUCCGGCUCAUGGCACCUUUCUCUGCUCUGAUCCUCAUGGAGAGUUCAGUUUUGGUUCUCGGUGCACAUCAACCUGUGAGGAGGGUUUUGUCCUGAAUGGGACGGCUGACACUGAGUGCACCUCUCUGGGCACGUGGAGCACAGAGACCCCACGUUGCUUAGCACGUCCAUGCCCCCUACUGGCCGAAGCUCCACAACACGGGAGGAUGAACUGUAGCCAUCCAUUCUCCCCAUUCAGCUACAACUCCAGCUGUGGCUUUGAAUGUAAUGAGGGUUUCUGGCUGAGGGGGACACCAACAAUGACCUGCAGCAACUCAGGCCACUGGAGUCAGGAUCUACCCACUUGCCAGCCGGUACAGUGUGAGGAUAUCCCAGCCUCGUCUUUACCCCUGUCUAUGAACUGCUCCCACCCUCUGGGGCAUUUCAGUUUUGGCUCCCAGUGUCUUUUUACCUGUACAGGUGGAUUCUCCCUGAAUGGCACUGAGGUGCUGCUUUGCUCCUCUGCUGGGUUUUGGAGUGACAGCCUUCCUAACUGCACGGAAGCUACUCCGGUGGGGGCUGCCAUGCUGAUGAACAGUGCAACCGGGGCAACCUCUGUUCUUGUGCCACUUCUCCUGAUAGGACUGGGUUUUUUGGCUUUGUUCAUUUUGACACGAUCUAAGAAAAGAGGACAUGCAAUCACAUAUGACGGGCCAUCGUGGGAAGAAAGAGAGAAUCCAGCGUUUGAGUUUUGAUUUUUGAUUUUCUUUUUGUUCUUUCUUGAGACUUUUGAUUUUUGCAGCAAAUCAUUUUCAAAUACUGAAACCACUUAAUGCUUGCUGUUAUUAUUAUUAUGUGAGGCUUGAUGGCAGGCUUUAAAUUUAGAUAACCAAGCAAUUGCUGUAUACUUUGAAUGAAAAGCUUUACCUUCUGUUAUACUUAAAGAAAUCAAAAUCAUGCAUGGUAGAUGUACAGUACAGCUUGUGUGCAGCUUUUACUCCUUUCCAGUUUCCUGCUUCCUGCAUCUCGUCUUGUCACUUAAAUUGUCAAUAAAUUAUAAUCCUCC